UAAUAUUACCAUGAUUUUUGGGGUCAAGUUGGCAAACGAAAUCUACCCGCCAUGGAAGGAGCACUACAUGAACUAUGAGCACCUCAAACGGUUGUUGAAGGAGAACAUCGUGCCGCGGAGCGAGUGGACAGAAGCGGACGAGAGCGCGUUCGUGAAAGCGCUCGAUGGCGAGCUCGAGAAAGUGUACUCGUUCCAAAAGGCGCACUACGAGCUCGUUAAUGCACAGAUCAGCGCGUUGGAGGCACAGGCGCACGGCGCCGCGGGCACGUUUGACGUAGCGCCGUUCACGGCCGCGGUUGAGGAGGCGUUGUUCCAGGCGCGCAGCUUGGACAAGUUCGCGCGUGUCAACUUCACGGGGUUUGUCAAGAUUGUGCGCAAACAUGACCGUCUCCACCCGACCUAUUCGGUGCAGCCGGUGUUGAACGUUCGCUUGAAGGAGUUGCCGUUCCACCUGGAGGAUUACCUGCCGCUCUUGUACCGCCUUUCUGGGUUGUACAACUUCCUCCGUGAGAACUACACGGUGAAUGAGAAUCUUCUGAAGAUGUCGUCCUUCAAGGAUGACGAGGACAUGAACUACCAGUCGCUCAAAUUCUGGGUGCACCCUGACAACUUGAUGGAGGUCAAGACCACGCUAUUGCGCCACCUCCCAGUGCUUGUGUAUGACAACUUGAACGACGAUGUCGACGAUGACGACAACGACCCAACCAUCACCACGUUGUAUCUCGAUAAUAACAGCUUUGACCUCUACAACGAUCUGUUGAUUAAGGAGAAUACGUCCAAGACCUUGCGUGUGCGUUGGACGGGCAAGUUAAUGGAGAAGCCGGACAUCUACUUGGAAAAGAAGAUUAUGGACGACAACCACGAGUUGGUCGACACUAAACUCCAGGUCAAGGAGAAGUACUUGAACGACUUGGUGAUCAAGACCGAAUUUCCUACACAGAAACUAGCCGCGAAGAUGAAGAAGCGAGGUGACCCUCAAGCGACGGUUGACCAGUUUGUGAGCACAGUGAAUGAAUUGAAGGACUUAAUCCACGAAAACGAUCUCCAGCCGGUGUUGAGAUCGGUGUACAAGAGAACCGCGUUUCAGAUCCCAGGCGACGACAAGGUACGUGUGUUGAUAGACUCCGACAUCAUCUUCAUCCGCGAGGACUCGUUCGACGAGGAGCGCCCGAUCCGUGACCCCACGUCGUGGCACCGUACGGACAUUGAUUCACGCAUCUCCAAUCCGUACCAGUUGUUGCGCAAGAACGAGUCCACACGCUUCCCGUACGCCUUGAUGGAGAUCCAGGUCCGCCAGACCAAGCACCGCGCCAAGUGGAUCGCCGAGUUGCUCGACAGUCAUUUGGUCAGACAGGUGCCCAACUUUAGCAAAUUUGUGCAGGGUAUUGCUGCGUUGUUCACUGAAGACGACCGCUUGGACAGUCUCCCGUACUGGAUUACAGACUUGGAUGUCGUUGCUGAGUCUCCUGCGCCGGGAGCCGCACGUGCCGCCGCGAAUGACAUCAGCUUGACGUUACCAUUGCGCCCGAAGGCGGAGGCGUACGCGUCUGCAUACCACGACGACUACUCGGACUUCUCAUCCGAUGAUGAUUACGAUGAGAGCGACCCGGUUGAGAGGAAUGGCUCCCCGGGCGCGCUGCAGCACCUUAAUGGUAACCCAUUGCUCGUGCCGCGCAAGUCAAUGUCGCAGAGCCGGCCGUACGUGCACGAGUACGUGCGCGCGAACAAGUUGGACGUGGAUUCAGAAGAUGAGGAGGUUGUGCUUCCAUCGGGUGUCAAGACUCCUACCCAGUGGAUCAAGAACUUGGGACCGUUGAAGAUCGAGCCGAAGGUGUGGUUGGCCAACGAGCGGACCCUUAACCACUGGCUUCAUAUUUCUGCGAUGUUCUCCGCGUUGACGUUUAUGAUCUACAAUUCCGUCAAGAGCGCGAACUACCCCGAGUUGGCCAUCGGAUUGGCGUAUGGGUACCUUGGCUUGACUUUGUUCUCCAUGUACUGGGGCUGGCUGAUUUACAACAAGCGCUUGACGUGGAUCAAGGAGCGCGGGUCAAAGCAUUUGGACGGGCCGCUUGGUCCGAUUAUCGUAUGUGUGGGGUUGUUGGUUGCGUUGACGGUUAACUUUGUUGCCGGGAUGCACAGAAUCGCGCAGCGGGAUGACAUUGUGGUGUUUAUGGAGGAGAUGGGGCCGGUGCAGCGGGGGUUGCAAGAGAUGGCAUUUGCAGUUGUGGGCGCAAGUAGGGAUUGAGUAAGCUUGAGAGGCAGGUUGAACUGCAACGACCUUAGAGGUUCAUAUCUGAUGACGGAGGGGUGAUACUUACGCGAUCUAAGCUUUGUGACCAAAUGGCGCUUCGCCGUGUAUAUGACGUCAAAAUUAAAUGUUGUUCAAAAGAUGAGAACGGGAGUGGUUUUUAGGAGUGCAGUAGUUGGUGAACGAGUAUGGCGACUCAAACUUAGGUAAGGGGAAUUUUUGAGAGAUCUGGGGGAGUUGUGUAUGGCACUAGGAGGAAGACGAUGAGAGUUGAGGUUUCGAUGUUAGGAGAUUUCAACACAAACGUUUAUUGCUAGUAUUUGCCGUGUGUUGAUAUUUCACAUUAUAUUAAGAAUUACCUUUAAAUGAAAGCAAAAGGAGCGCGUA